AUGUACGAUUGUGCGGCCGCUCAGCAGAGUGUGCAUGUGUUUGGUGGACACUCCCUCUCAUCUCAACUGUGGACGGGCCCACUGGAUUCACAAGGCAGGUUAUUGCUUUCUGGAGCUAGCAGCACUUUUCUGCCACAGGAGCAGGGCAACCAGCGGCAAGUACUGGAACUGCAUGAUCUUCUUGAGAGCAUAGACUUUCCUGCACAGCAUCACUAUGCUGGCCAAGCACUUGACGGUGAGCUGAUAUUUGAGCAAGACUCGCCCAACCAGCACGAAAGCCAAUACAUUGGGAGCAGCAACGCUCUCCACCUUGCAUCACCGGCUGCACCACCAUUAUACCUGGAGCAGCAGCAUCACCGGCAGCCAAUUUUUCCUGCUGCGGAGCGCAUAUUUGCACUUCAGACGAGGAAGCCCAAAGACUACCAGGUUUCUGAAUUGUUCUUGACAAACAGCGAUUUGCUUUCUGACCCGCUCUCUCAGUCUGUCGAUCUGCGCUCUGCUGAGGAACAAGUGAUGGGUGUCACGAAUAUGCUCACUGCUUCUGACCAGCAACACAGCAGCAGCAGUCUGGAAUCACUGAUAUCAUCUCCUCUGGACACUGCUGUAAGUUGGAACUCUCCCACACUGGACAGUAUGCCAACACCACCGAUGCAGAUCAAUGCUGCCAGAACUCAGACAGGGGAGCUGAGCAGAGGACUGACUGGCUUCUCUGAUGUCUUCUUCAAGCCAUUGUCUGCAUCAAACAUUACCCUACCUGCAGCUCCACCAAUGGCCAACCAGGACAGGACUCUCCCUAAUGGCAAUCUUCUUAACUCAUUCAACGACUCGACAGCCAGAAGUGAUGCUGUACCUUCUGCCAAUAUUGCCACUGCCACAACAGCAUGUUCCGACAUGACUGAUUUGGAUCAGUUUAGACUGUUCUCGCCCGCAUCCUAUACCUCAAGCAUUGGAUGUUGCGGCUUCACUGACAUUGGCUUGGGCGCUAUGCUCAACUUAUCGUCAAUGGAUGGCCGCGGCGGCACUACCUGUGAUACCUCUUUCCUAGCCAGUAGUAAUGGAAGCCCUGGCCUCACCAGUCAACCUAGUGUGUUUGCGUCGGAGUCACAGGUAAGCAAUGGCCCGGUCUCACUGCCAUCAUUAUCACUGAGUGCAGGUACUCCUCCUGCGUUGAGCCAUGGCGGCAUGCACUGCACUGCUCCAGUCCAACACGUUACUAGUCCUGUCAGGGUGCCAUGCCGUAGUCAUACUGGCCCAUCUCCUCUGGUCACCAACAUCACCAGCAGGCCAACAACUCUUCUCAAUCGCACGCUGCAAGCUAUCACACCCCAGCAAUCAACCAUUCCAACGCCCAUGCCGCUUGGAGUCCACACUGCCAAUGCACCAUCUCAACGCAGUGCUGCUCAAGAGACGGAGAUGACACUGGCACUUCCUGCCCCUAAUACCAGUGACCAGCAGUAUGAUGACCUGUGGAGCGUAGCAGAAACCCUUGUUUCACUCUCCGGUACUGCAGCUGCUGCUGCUGCUGCCCCAAGCGGAAUGCAACAGGUGAACAAACAUGACGAGUGUGACUGCAUCAUCUGCAAGCCCGAUUCCGAGAAUUUCUUGGCUGUGCCAGACCUAUGGUCUCCGUCUCCUAAGGAGGAGAAAGCAAAGAAGGCGAAGGGUAAGAAGCAAAAGGUCAAGUCAUCACCUACCCAGGAGAACAAAGGCAGCUCCAGAUUCCAGCCGUACAGACAUCAGGAUGGUCAUGGAGCUGCCAGCCGAUGUCUUACCACUCCUCCAUCUCCAUUGGCCAAUGCCACCGGUGGCUGGCCAUGCAGCAUAGCGCGCAGCAGAGUUUUGCCUGUGGGGGUACACACUGCCAGUCCUUCACUCGUGGCUCGUGUGCGUGAAACAGGCACAGAUCAUGGCGAUCUCACUGAUGUCACCAAGGCAUGGACACCGGCAGGUCAUGCUGAUACCGGUGGCUCGGUCCGUGGCCGAGUGACCACUUGCGCAAUGCCAUCCGUAGCUGAGUCCCCGUCAGAUCAACCUGAGAGCGCUCUACCACUGGAUGUUGCCAAGUGGAGCGAGCAAGAUGUUGCACAAUGGCUCCAGUUUCAUCACCUUCUUCAGCAGUUCGACACUGUGGACAGGAAGAUCCUUGGACUGACCUCUUUCAAUGUGACCGGAGUAGAACUUUGCCAGUGGAGCAAGGCAGAAUUCAUGUCACACAUUGCAGUGGCAGGUUCGGCACUGCAUGAAGAGAUCCAAUUUCGAAUGGAGAGCAUGAAGAGAGAGGCUGCGGGUAAACUGGAAGGCUGAACAUAUCAGACUAGUAAGAAUUUGAUGAGUGUUACAGUAGCCUAGAGACCAGUGGAGAGAGAUAGAGGGGAGGGGAGAGAGAGAGUGUGUGUGUGUUUGUGUGUGUGCCGCGCGCGUGUGUGUGUGUGUGUGUGUGUGUGUGUGUGUGUGAGCAGUAGUUCAGAAGAUAAUCUGUUCCUAACUAGCUCGAGAGUGUGCAUGUAUCCGCAUUAUGCCAGGCAAGCAAUAUAUCACAGGCCAGCAGUACAUACAGCACAUUGUAUCCGACUACCCAUGCACAGCUUUGCAUUGAAUGAUUACAUAACAAACCUAACACUGCCAUGUAUGCGCUGAUAUGGAUAUUUUAAAUGCGUAUGUGAGCAUCUGAGCAUCCUAACAAUCCUGCUUCCUGCAAUGUGCCUAUCAAUGCACGAUGAUUGUGGUAAAUGCGCACAAAAUGCAGUAAAUACAUGAGUCAUCCUACAUACAAUGUUCAGUGUA